CUCUCGAAACGUCUGGCUGAAAAGUGCGGUUGCUCGUUACUCGCGACCACCAGCACCUCGACGACUUCGUGGCUCGAGGGAGAGAGCAGUUCAGUAGUUUCCCCGAGUUUAGCAACUCGUGGUGUUCUCCGUUGAAGCAACGACGUAAAGGACUCGUCUACCAGAAACGACGUUUGGCGAAGGAUAGUAACUGCGUCCAUAGAGUGUGUGAGUGCGUGUAGAUGGUUACACAGAUGUGCAAUAGUGUGAUAAAGACAAAGCGAUUAAGAAGAUAGGAAAAACCGAAAUAAUAGAAGCAAACACGCACGCAAAUCCAGCUAAUUGCAGGCUGAUGUGUUUGUGUGGGUAGAAAUAACAUAACGGAGAGAAAAUACGCAACGGAGCCACGACGUUCGUCGAACUCCCUUGCGGCUGCGAUUCAGAUAGGAUCGAGAAACGAGGGAGUGUGAGUUUUCGAUGUUACCCGCGAUCGUCCGCGAGGGCAAAUGUUUAUCAAGUAUAGAUAGAUGCGUAUGAAGAUAUAAAAAAUACUGCUGAACAACGAAAAAUCUGACGUCUAGAUAGAUUCUGACCAACAGACAAACUGAAAGAGAUAGAAAAAACAAAUGAAAUAAGAUAACACGAAAACCGAAUAAAGACAAGAGAGGAAAAAAACAUUAUUAACUAAGAUAUCUAACUAGGGAGGGCGUUAGGCCGUGACCCUGAGCCAGAUUUGCGGCCACACUCUGUGUGCCAAAGUCACACGGCGAUUAUCGUCGUCAUUCUUAAAAAGAGUGUAAACGGAGGAACGACUUAAAUUGUAAAUCAAAUUGAACGAUUGCCGGGAUCAAUCGAAGAAUCGCGACGGUGGUGUGCCAAGGAAAAAUCACAUCAUAUAACAAUCGACAAUUGCUCGUUAAAAGAACAAAAAAUCAACUAAUCUGUCUCAUUUUUGCCUGUUAUUUACUUUUCUUCUUUUAGUUUUUUAAUUUUUUUUCCAAAGCUCGUGAUCGCCCACCGUAAGCACGAUAAUCAUCUCAUACUUUAGUUUGCAUAAAUUUAUUCAACCGACAGUAUCAACUAAAAAAGUGAAUUUGUAGCAGCUGACAGGCACCGAUAAUCGCCACAUAUACUAUACUAAUCAUACAAAAUAUAGGCAUCGUUAAAAAGUACAAACAGAUCAUUUUAUUUAAAGAAUCUUUCGCCUCUUAAUUUUUAAUUACUCGUACGGUACGUACGUUAGAAAUAAGGUUUUCGAAAUCGUGUUCAAUUCGUUUGCGAAUCGAGGAUAUCCACACAAACUUACGUGACACGGGCACAUAUGGUCUUAAUUUCUCUUUGGUUCUCCUCUUCCUUUCUCCCCGUUCAGUCGUUCUUUUUAUUUAUCGGUGCAGUGAUUAGAGUAUUACCAGACAGCAGCGAGUAGUAGUGGUUCAUCCGUCAUCAUAAUCAUCUCGUACGCAUCGCCCUUCUUUCCCCGGCCCCUCCUUUGACCCGUUCCCGUUUCCCGCCCCGCAGCCGAACAUUAUCCCCCGUGACUCCUGGAAAUAUUAUCAUCAACGUAUCUUGUUGUCAGUUAAAACACAACCAAGAUGCCACUCUUUGGUAAAAAGGAUUCGAGCAAGAAAUUGAAGAAGGAUGGAAAGGAUGACAGAUUACCAUCGGUUGACGAAAAAUACAUCCUCAAGGAACUUCUUGGCACUGGGGCAUUCUCCGAGGUCAGAUUGGCGGAGAGUAAAGAGAAGCCUGGUCAGAUGUUCGCUGUGAAAAUAAUUGACAAAAAGGCAUUGAAGGGAAAAGAAGAUUCGUUGGAAAAUGAGAUAAAGGUGUUACGAAGGCUGACCCACCCCAAUAUUGUACAACUGUUGGAAACGUUCGAAGACAAACACAAGGUGUACUUGAUUAUGGAGCUGGUCACAGGAGGCGAACUCUUUGAUAGAAUUGUGGAGAAGGGUUCAUACACAGAGAAAGAUGCGUCCGGCUUGAUCAGACAAGUAUUGGAAGCUGUAGACUACAUGCACGAACAGGGAGUCGUUCACAGGGAUCUGAAACCAGAGAAUCUCCUCUACUACAGCCCUGAUGAGGAUAGUAAAAUCAUGAUCAGUGACUUUGGCCUUUCAAAAAUGGAAGAUUCAGGAAUAAUGGCAACAGCAUGUGGAACGCCGGGUUAUGUGGCACCUGAGGUCUUGGCACAAAAGCCGUACGGCAAGGCAGUAGAUGUUUGGAGCAUAGGCGUCAUCUCGUAUAUCCUUUUGUGCGGAUAUCCACCAUUCUAUGAUGAGAAUGACGCCAAUUUGUUUGCACAAAUUCUGAAAGGUGAAUUUGAGUUCGAUUCACCAUACUGGGACGACAUUAGUGAUUCAGCAAAGGAUUUCAUUCAGAAGCUGAUGUGCGUUAAUGUCGAUGAACGAUACACCUGCAAACAGGCUCUGGCACAUCCUUGGAUUUCUGGAAACGCUGCAAGCAAUAAAAAUAUCCAUGGUACUGUAUCGGAACAACUUAAAAAGAACUUUGCCAAGUCAAGGUGGAAGCAAGCAUAUCACGCGACUACGGUUAUACGUCAGAUGCAACGGCUAGCGCUAAACAGUGGCCUUCAGCAGCAGCAACAGCAACAACAGCAGCAGCAGGGUGUCCAAGGAUCAACCACUGGCCUCUCGAGUGGAAGCAAUUCAACACAGCGUCAAGAUCCGUCGUCUGUCAGCCCAAAUACCAACCGUCAUGCGCAGCACCGAAGCCCAUUAGGACAGUCGACAAAUUACAACUGAAGCCGAUACUACAGCAACCAACGAUCGUUCCGGCUUUGGUGACUAUAGCAAGUUCCAUGUCUUGUAUAAGCGAAUCUCAAAUCUACCAUCGUAAUAAGCGUUUCAAAUUGUUAUGGGGAAACACAAGGAGUGUUCUGUCAACUCUGUUCCCUGUGAACAUGUCAUAUCUCAGAAAACAUAAGAAAAAAUGUAAAAAGAGCUGAAUUGACGGUAGAUCGGGUGGUUUUUUUUUUUUCUU